GUGCGCUUGGCGCCGCAAUGUGGAGUUACGCGGCCCUCUUCAUCUACACGGCGGUAAUCGCCUUGUUCAUCGAAGCACUUCGUCGCGUCAUAAGUUCCCGACGCAAGACAUUCUCGUACUUCAAGGAAAUCGGUGUGGAUGGCCCACCACCAAACCUCAUUUGGGGAAACCUUUGGGAAUACCACAGAAAGGGAAUCGUACAUGCAAUCCACGAUUGGUGCGAAAAGUAUGGCGACGUCUUUGGAUUUUAUAAUGGUGACGUUCCCACCCUCGUUGUGAAGGACUUGGACUUUUUGUCGUACGUCUUCAUCAAGAACUUUUCAAACUUCAUGAAUCGAGGGGUGACAAUGAGGACUGACGAGCAACACGAAUUGCUUGGUCGGAGUCUCCUGCAUGCGCAAGGGCUCCAGUGGAAGCGGACGAGGAGUUGCGUAUCCUACGCGUUCACCGCGAGUAAAUUUAAGCAGCUCUUUCCUCACAUGGACAGGUCAUGCGAUCGCCUUCUUGAGGUAGUGAGGGAGAGGGCAAACAGCGGCAAGGAAGAAAACGUGGGCAAUCUCUUCAAACCUCUGACCAUGGACUACAUCAGCGGGGCGAGCUUCGGCAUUCAGACCUCUUUCCAGGAAGAGAAGAACCACCCGCUUUUCUUGAUGGCCAAGAAGGUUCUUCCGGGCACCAUGACCGGCCCGUUCCACAUGAUCGCACAAGCAACCACAACGUUAAAGGAUCUGGUUGCACCACUGCUGUGGCUUAAUUCCAAACUGGGCUCCUUUACUUACGAUAAGUUCUCCAAACUCGCCUACAAAGCGGUGGAAGCGAGAAGAAAAAAUCCGUCGCCACGGACCAUGGAUAUUCUGCAAAUCAUGUUGGAUGCUGAGACCGACGAGAGCUUCGAAGAAACCGAAGUAAAGAAUGGAGAAAUCAAGGUCCAGAAAAAGCUAACCCCAACGGAAGUGUUCGUUAACACUGGGGUGUUUCUCGUCGCAGGGUUUGGAACCACUUCUGUGGCACUGAGCAAUCUAAGCUUCGUCCUUGCCAAAUACCCCGAAGUGCAAGACAAAGUCAGAGAGGAGGUCAAUGCUGCCAUGAGAAAACACGGCCACAUCAACUACGCCGCUGUCACCGAAGACCUCAAGUACCUCUCUAACGUCGUGGACGAGACUCUCCGCAUCUACCCCGUAGUCGUAGCGUUCAACACACGAUCGGCAUUAAACGACUUCGAGUAUGAAGGCGUCAAGUACAAGGCGGGACUGAGCAUCAUGUCCCCUACCAUCGAGAUACAAAAAGAUCCGAGAUUCUGGCCAGAACCUGAAAAGUUUGAUCCGGACAGGUUCCUUCCGGAGAACGUGGCCUUGCAGCACACCAUGGCCUACCAGCCCUUCGGUCAGGGACCCCGCAAUUGCAUCGGCAAGAGGCUGGCGCUCCUUGAGACCAUCUACACGGCGGCACGGAUGGUGAACGAGUUCCGCUUCGAGCUUGGAGAGUCUCAGAAGGAAGAGAACGAAAUGCUGUUCUACUCCAUGACCUGCGAGCCCAAAGAUGGACCCUGGAUCAAGUUCACCAAGAUCGUGGGCUCGGCGUCAUGAUCUGACCUGUGUCCUCAUUGUUAGUGUGGCUGGAACGACACACACACACACACACACACACACACACACACAAAAUGUAUCGACAAAGCUACGACUACUUGCCAACGGACGUCUCUUUCCGGGUUCCAAGUGGAAUCGGAACUCCCUUUCGUCAAAUCCCCGUCCCAUCGAAUGACGGCAUUUUGUAUCGUGGACUGAGCCAGUAAUCAUUUGUUUGCUAUUCUAAGGCCAGAAGAAGAAGUUGUUCCCCGAGUAAUA